CACCGUAACUCCCCCCAUUGUCUUAACUCCUUUCAUUUUCUCCACCUCUAGGUUUAGGCGCCCGCCGCUAUGGCCAUGAAAGGGAAAGAUGACGGCGGUUCUAAGGGCGGUGCCGGCAAAGGGUACGCCGCCAUUAAGGAAAUGCACUUCAGAGGGGUCCGGAAGCGGCCCUGGGGCCGGUACGCGGCGGAGAUCCGCGAUCCCGGCAAGAAGAGCCGUGUCUGGCUGGGCACGUUUGACACGGCGGAGGAGGCGGCGAGGGCCUACGACGCCGCCGCCCUCAAGUUCCGUGGGCCCAAGGCGAAGACCAACUUCCCAUUUUCCUCGGCGACCCACAGCCCCAGCCAGAGCAGCAUCGUCGAUGAGUCCUCCGGCAGCGACAGUGGCGGCCACGCGCCGCGCGCCCCGCUUGAGCUGGAUCUGACGCGCUCCCUUGGCUCGGGAAACAGCGACGGUUCCGGCGCGGUGGAUAGAUCCGUGGGUAACGGGUACCAGAUCUUCCGCCCUCAGCCGGCGGUGGCGGUUCUGCCGAACGGGCAGCAGGUUUUUCUGUUCGAGACGCUGUGGAGACCCGGAACGGUGAACCACCCCCAGGUGGGCCCGAUUGGCCCUUUUAAUCCAUCUAGAGACAGAGAACCCAGGUACCCAACCACCUAUUCUGUGGCGGAGGAGAACCAUUUUGGCGGCGGCGGCGGAGCGGCGGAGAAAAGCUUGAAUCUCGAUCUCAGCCUUGGUCCGCCCCCGGAGUUGUGAUAUGGGAUUGCGCGAUUGACAUCAGUAGUGGCUAAUUUUGUACAUAAAGGCGCAUGAGUGUUGCGUUUUUCCGGCGGAUUAAGGAAUAGAUCGGUUUUUCUUUGCUGUUCUUAUCCUAUCAAACUGUAAAACUCGUUUGGUUCUCUUUCCCCAUCAAUGAAUGCAAGGGUCUUUAAUAUAUUUAUUUUAUUCUUAUGUAACUGCAAUAGUGUUAAAUUUCCAACAAAUAGUUCAUCUUUUGUGAUGUUCCCGUAA